CAAGUGAAAGUGAAAGGUGGUUUGAGCUUAAGUGGCGUUUCCCUUUACACGGAUACAAAUGUCGCAUCUUUCUGCGAAAUUUCCAUCUAAAUGUACCGGGAGAAGCUGACAUGCAUGUGCUGAUUAUAUUUAUUUUCGCGAUGGCCGAAUAUCUUCAUAAUAUUGCAGCAGCGAACGGUGUGUGUGAUUCCUUGCCUCAGAUAGAAAACGCAAUGCCUGUCAAUUCGACCAAACAUGUUAAGGAUCAGAUUCGCUUUAACUGUGUGGAUGGCUUUGUGAGGAAGGCAGGGACAUCUAAUCUCUUCCGCUGCGUUGAAAAAAACGGCAAAUCAACCUGGAUCCCAGCCAUUCAACUUCUUUGCAUACGGGAUCCCAAAAAGCCAACACAUCCCCCCAAAACUGAGGAGACUUUCACAACAUCCACCACAGAAAGAGCACAGACUUCUAGAAUUCCCGGAACAAGCAUGCCAUCAGCAGCAACAGCUUUUGGAGCAACGAAUGAAUUUGCUACAUCCGAAACAAGAACAACUACCACCCUGACAACUCUGAAGACGACAACAAAAGAAACAGUGUCGAUUACAACAACCAAAGAGGUUCCCUCUUCAAUAUCCAGCAUUUGCACAAGCAGACAAAACCUGACAGCAAAGUCAUCACCAACACAAUCAGAAUCGUUGACUACAGCAACAGAGAGCCAUAAAGAAGGAACCUUCUCUGAUAUGGACAAAUCAACUAUAGGUGGAACUGUAGGAGUAGUUGUUAUCUUGUGCCUGACAGCAGUGGUAUUCCUUCUUUGGUGGAGAUCAAGACAUCGAGCCAGUAACGCCACAAAUGACAUUCAGUUACACCACAGCAACAAUGCCACCUGUACUUAUUAUAUACCUGUACCGGUCUCUGACUUUAAACAUUGUUCAGCUGAACUAAACAUAGCUGAUGCAGCUGACGCUUCCACAGCAGUCACCAAAUGAACCAUAAACCUCAAAGAAACUCCAACCACAGUGUGGGACACAUCUACUAUACUCCUCCCACAAACGCAUUUUUACUAAACCGGGCUUGUCAAUAUUCUCAACUGACGGACUACCUUAUUCUCAACCUUUGUCUUCCAUUCUAUGACCUGGAAAUCAACUGAUGUCCUAUUUUUCCUGCCUCUACCUCCUGCACAUACCUGAUCAGCCUCCAUCUAAUGCAUCUCAUCUCAUUCACUCUUUUUAGCAUUAUAAUAAAAUAAAGUUUUUUAUUGUUUUUCAAUAA